GAGGCUCCCGUACUGGAUCAGAGGCGGUUUGUCUUUCCGCGGCUCCCGUAUUGGUGGAGGUGGUUUGUCCUUCUGCGGCUCCCGUACCGAAUCCGAGGCGGUUUGUCCCUCCGCGGCUCCUGUACUGGAUCAAAAUGGCGGCCUCUAUAGACAACUAUUUGAUUGAGAGCGAUCUACCAAAAGCAGAGAACCUGUUGAACCUUCUCACAGAGCAGGUGGUUUCAGUCACAGGCCACAUCCGUGACCUGCAGAAGAAGAUUAAAGAUGGUGUAUUUCAGACUGCUAAGGGUCUGUCCUUCCUGGACCUCCGCUACCAGCUGCUGCUGUUCUACCUCCAGGACCUCACCCACCUCAUCAGCCUCAAGACGGAGGGCGCCAAAAUAAAGGAGAGCCAGGCCAUCGAGCGCGUGAUGACGGUUCGAACGGUCCUGGAGAAGAUGCGCCCGCUGGACCACAAACUGAAAUACCAGAUUGAUAAACUUGUCCGCACGGCCGUCACUGGGAGUCUGGCUGAAAACGACCCGCUGCAUCUUCGUCCAAAUCCUGAGAAUCUCAUGAGCAAACUGAGUGAGUCGGAGGAGUCUGGCGGUGAGGACGGACUCCCCUCCGUCUCAGAGAAGAAGACCGCAGCGUUUGGAGACAGGAAAUACAUCCCUCCGAAGAUCGCCCCCAUGCACUACGACGGCGACGUGACGGAGGCGGACCGCAAGAAGGAGCAGCAGGACCGGCUGCGGCGCUCCGCGCUGCGCAGCUCCGUCAUCCAGGAGCUGCGGGAGCAGUACAGCGACACUCCCGAGGAGAUCCGGGACCGCCGCGACUUCCAGACGGAGCGCCAGAGCCGCGACGACCAGCACAGGAAAAACUACGAGGAGUCGAUGAUGGUGCGUCUCAACGUUCCCAAGGCAGAGCGUCUGGCGAGGAAGAGGAGCAUGCAGGGGAUGUCGGGCCAGCUGAACAGCAUCACACACUUCAGCGACAUCUCGGCGCUGACCGGAGGCGCCGGAAGACAGGACGAGGAUUCCCCACGUCCCAAGAAACAAAUGAUGAAAAAGAAAACCAAGAAGAGAGCUUUCAAGAAAUACAAGUAGGACAGAAAUCUAUCCAAGAUGUCCUUUUGAAAGUUUUUAAAUCUGUCAUGUGAUUUUGAUAUCCCUCUCAAUAAACCCGUUCAAGCAAU